AUGAACGCGUUUCAUAUCAGCUUCGGUACAGGACGCCACAUGGUCGACCUAGAUCUGCCAACAACGAUUGUCCCAACCCUCAAACACUGGUAUGCCUACCAGCUCGUCUACCCACUAGCAAUCGGCCUAGUCAAAUUCAGCAUUCUUUCUCAAUACUACCGCAUCUUCCCUGUGAGGCGAUUCCGAAUCGCCACAGCUACGAUCGCGGGAGUCGUCUUCCUCUAUACAGUCAUUGUCAUCUUCGUCAACGCCUUCGAAUGUCAUACCAAACCCUGGCGUGCAUGGGAUCCAACCGUAUAUCCAAACGGCUGCAAUAGCCUCACAGCGACAUACUUCUCCAUGGCAGGUACCAACAUCCUAACCGAUGUUAUCAUUCUUUUUAUGCCUCUUCCACUCAUAGCGAAACUGAAUCUCCACCGGAGGAAGAAGUACGCAUUAAUAGCAAUCUUCCUCACUGGAACCUUCGCCUCAGCAGCCUCGAUCGUGCGCCUAAGCGCACUAUACAAGUACAUGAUCACAAAAGACGUCUCCUACGACGCGAUCCAGAUUCUACUCUGGUCCCAAGUCGAAGUGAACAUCGCCAUUAUAUCCGCCUCAGCACCAUCGCUUCGGCCGCUAUUCCGCUCGGUCUUCCGGGGGUCGUCCUAUUAUCGGACUGGGAAGCAUCGCGAUGGGGAAGCGGAUGGUGAGGGUGGGAUUUCGGGGACUGUUGGCUCUAGUCGGCGGAGGACGUUGGCGCCGCAUGAGUAUCCGUAUCCUGGUGUUGAGUUUGUCAUGCGUGAUUUGGAGGAUUGUGAUUGUUAUAGGGAUGGUGGUGAGACUGUGAUUGUGGGUGGUGAUGGAGUUGUUGAUGGAGAUGGGCAGAAGGUCGCGGUCGAUGUUUCGAGUUUGGUGACCGUUCCUGCGCCUGUGCAUGCUGAUGGGGUUGGGCUUGGUCAGGAUGGGAUAUUGGAGGCGAGGCGGCUUGGGGAUAUUACCAAGACGGUUGCUAUUGAGAUGAAAAGUGAAGAGAGGUAA